AUGAGUGCCAGCACGGAAAUAUCGGUGCCCAUAGUGGCAUUUCCCCCGUUUAAGCUCAGAUCCAGCAUGAUCGACAAGGAUCCGCUUAUUUGGAACCACAUGCUCGAAGUGUACAUUGCCCUUUUCCAGAGUUUUGUGGGCUCACUACAGGAGAACAAGAAGCUAGAACUGUCAUUGAAGACGAGGCAGCAGCUGGAAUCCUUCAUGAAGAUCUACCUUUCGGAGGUCAGCGAUGAAUCAUCCAAGAUUUUUUCACUUGGUGCAAUCAACCCCGAUAUCGUCCGAAACCAGAGCAUCCUCAAGUUCACCAUCUUCUCGUUUAUCAAGGGAUUCGGAUUGCCGGAACUCGGGCUGUCUGGCGCCUCUGUGUGGGAUUUCUGCAGCGUGUAUGUGAAGCUUGCAGCGGAAAACAUCUCGACUAACCAGAGUUUUAUCAGUAUGGCGAUAGUUCGAAAGAUGAUAAGUGGAGAGGGCAAACCGGGCAGCCAGGCCCCCAUAAGUGGGAUUCAGGACCACCUCGUGAACAAGGUGGCCGAGAAGAAAUUUGGCACGCACGACCUUGAGAUCUUGUACCUGCUUCUUGGCGAUAAGAUGAGCACUAAUGGUAAAAGCAGCAGCAACAGGUCACACAGAGGCAACCAGAGGAGGGAUAACAGGCAGCAAAAGGUAGCGGACGGGUUCCCGGAGCAGUUUGUGGACCAGCGGUGGAUCAAGUUGGUCGAGAAACUAUACAACGGCGGGAAUUCCAUCCACAGCAAGCAGUGCUGCCAGCUGAUGGUUCUCUCACUUGCCGGAUUGUCGCCGGAGUCCAUCACGGCUUUGAUCAGCAAGGGUUUGCACGUGCACAGGGUGAAGGACAUGGUGGACAGAUAUCCGCUCCUUUCGAAGGUUGUUCUCUCGAAGAAAUUCGCGGACUUGAAGCCGGGAUUUGAGCGGGAGCUCGAGCAUUUGAAGCAGAGAAAGCUGAAAGAUGCAAAGAACAUCAUCACACGGCCAGAUGAGGAAAGGUACUUCCCGAAGGACCGGAUAGACGAGGUUGCCGAGGUGUUUCCGCAGCUCAGUAGUGCGCAGAUCAAGACGGUUCUCGUGGACAACCGGGGUGACGUAAGCAAGGCGGUGGGCAUGUUGUUGGAGAGGCCAGAUCAAGUUGAGGGCAUUAAAGAGUACAAGGCUGUGCCGAAGAACGAGGUGGCAUUCCGGGCAAGCCGGGACUCGGCUCCGUCGCAGUUCCGGUUCGGCAAGAAGGAGAAGCUGGAGGACGCACUUUCGCCCGAUAGGGAAACCCGGGAGGAGAUCAAGAAGAAGUCCUUGCAGCAGGUGUUGAGGAUGAUGUAUGAGUCGGACGAGGACGAGCCGGAUGAUACGUAUGUUGGCCAGGAGCUGACUGAGGGGGGCAGUGGGAAGAAUGCGAAGAGUAAGGAGCAGAGAGAGAGGCAGCAGGCGUUGGAUAUGAAGUUGUUCAAGGUGUACAGGCAGGAUCCGGAGCUUUUCAGCACACAUUCGAGGCACACCAACUACCGGAGAGAGUUGAAGAAGGAGCUUGGGUGGGUGGAUGAGCAGCUUGAGGGCUGGGCAAGGAUGUUGGAGCGGAAUCCACACAGGUACCGGAUGCUUGAGCAGCGGCAGAUUGAGGCUGGGGGGUCGUUGAACUCGGGUGGAAGGAAGAAGACCCGAUACCGGAGGCCUAAUGAGGAGGAGGGAGAUGAUAACAGAAGGAAUGAAAGGGAUGAUAAAAGAAGAAGUGGAAGGAAUGAUGGUGGAGAGAAUGGAAGGAACGAUGGAGGAAGGAGAAAUGAUAAAAGAAGAAAUGGGAAGAAUGAAGAUAACACUAAGGCCAACCCCCACAAGACUUCCCAAACCGGAAACACCAACGGUCCAAGCUUGCGGAAAAAACAACGCGACAAGGCUAAGAACAAGGCCAAAAGAGGAAACCACGACAGGAAGAGUGGCCACGACAAGAAGAUGGGAAAGUUGGGUUUGUCGUAG